GUCAAGUUCAAAAUCGAAAAUGUAUUGAAGAGGUGAUACAUUUUGCCUGGGAAGAGAAACUGUUUCUUCUGGCUGACGAGGUUUAUCAAGACAACGUCUAUGCGGAGAACUGCCAGUUCCACUCCUUCAAAAAAAUCCUCUAUGAAAUGGGACCCGAUUAUUGGAACAAUGUUGAACUUGCUUCUUUUCAUUCCACUUCCAAGGGCUACAUGGGCGAGUGUGGCUACCGAGGAGGCUACAUGGAGGUGAUAAACCUGCAUCCAGAAAUUAAAGGGCAGCUAGUUAAGCUCCUCUCUGUCCGUCUGUGUCCACCUGUCUCCGGUCAAGCUGCUAUGGAUGUUGUCGUGAACCCCCCUGUUCCUGGAGAGGAAUCAUAUGCCCAGUUUAUUAAGGAAAAGGAGUCGGUCUUGAACAACCUUGCAAUGAAAGCCAAACUAACCGAAGACUUGUUCAAUCAAGUGCCAGGGCUCCACUGCAACCCACUUCAAGGAGCCAUGUAUGCGUUCCCACAAAUUUUUAUUCCUGCCAAGGCCGUUGAAAUAGCCAAGGUCCACCAAAUGGCUCCCGACAUGUUCUACUGUAUGAAACUUUUAGAAGAAACCGGAAUCUGUGUUGUUCCUGGAAGCGGGUUUGGUCAAAGAGAAGGAACUUAUCACUUUAGGAUGACGAUUCUCCCACAAGUAGAGAAACUAAAGAUCUUAUUGCAGAAAGUGAAUGAUUUCCAUAUAAAAUUUCUGGAGGAAUUCUCUUAAAAUAAAGACUCCUUGUUUUUUUUUAGACUGUAUCUUUGAAAGUGCAUUCAAGCUGCGACAGAAAAAUAAGAUUUUCAGAGGGGGCGGUCUUUUUUUAAUCAAAUUCGUGAUAGAAUUACAAUUACUGGAGCUCCAGUUUGAUAGAAAAGACUAGUAAAAGACGGGAACAAACCUACGAAAACAAGAUACGGGAAAUGUAUUAAAAGAAUUAUUAACGCAGUCAUUGGUUGCCAAUUGAGAUGUCACAAAAAUUGCCUCAGUCCCUCAGCAUGAAAGUAAAACUUGAUUGCCUUGGUGCCGAUAAACAUUCUUUAUGCUUUUCUUUAAAAAAAAAAUCACAAUAUUCUUUCCUACCAAACCAAUUUAGGAAACUACAGUUGUACAGGUAAGCUAAAAGCACAGGUGAAAUUAUUUGGAACUCUUCUGUUGAGCCUAUCUAAGGGAGAUGAACCCAGAAUUUGUUUUGCAAAUAAAAGUAUUAAAAAUCUCCUGUUUCGAGAUCAAAGAAGAGGCUCAAGAUCUUGUUCUGACAAUCAGAAUAAAUUCAGUGCCUUUUGAAUUUCUGGCGAAGCUGCCUCAACCUGCAAAAUACAACAUUUAUCAUCUUUGAUAAGAAGAUAGGUCACUUCCACUGUUUAAAAGCAUGGCUGAAAAAUAAGUAAAAGGAGGAGAGCUAGAAAGAGACUUAGGGGGUUAUAACAAUACUUAAACUCCUACUUAAUUUUAGCCAGCUGUUUCCAAACUAAAAAUAUUGAGUUUAAGCUUCCUUUAGCCAGGAUGAGUGCUGGUUCUUAAUAAAUUGGGAAGCGGGGAACAACUCUGUUGCAGAAAUCUGAGUAGGAACAUUUUGGAAAAUAGAUGUCUGGUUACUUUGGAUAAAGUGUCCAAACCAAAAGAAGCCCUUAUUGGGAUGUUGGAUUACAUCUUUGCAUAGUAAACAAACAUUGAUGAUAACAGAGAAACAUUUGCUCAUAAAAACUUCUGGUUUUCUUGAUCACUGUUCUUCAUGAAAAGGUCUCUGAUUGCCCUUGCAUAAUCUUAAAGGGGCCAACAUAGACAAGACUAAACAAUAAGAAAGGGUCCAAUUUGAUGUUGCCUCCCUGAAUAUUCAGAUUCCUCCAGGACCGUGAUUUGAAUUUAAAUUGUUAUUAAACUAGGGCUUGGUUGGAAACUUAGUCUGCUUCAAACUGUGUUUCUGCUUGUCGAAUUUCAACUGUUCAGAAACUAUUCACUCAAAUUUCUUAAUUGGGUAAAUGUUGUUUGAUGUUGGAAGGCUGAUCCAUGUACAUCAAAACACAAAUAACGGAACAGGAUAGCAAAAGAAAUGUUUCUCACAUGUCUAAAUGGGAUGUCACUUGCUUACUUUGACUCUUGGUGUCAAGCCUCUAAUAACAAGAUUCCACCGUACAGUAGAAGGAAAAAUUCAUAUGGGGUUUCAUUAAUCGGGCUGAAUUCCAGGAGAAGAAAAAUUCUCUUUUUUCCAGAUUGCUUCAUCAAAGGGCUAAUGGCUCUUUGCCAGAUAAGACUGAAAUAUCCAUUAAGUUGUGUUUUGAAAUCCCUCUUCUCAACCUUUAAAACUUCUCUUAUACUUGGGUAUCAUAAAAUAAGAUUUAGAAUUGCUUCCCACCUAAUGCUGUUCAGAUACAAUGGGAAUUAUGGAUUCAAGGCAUCUGAAGAUCUCAUAUUGAACUUUGUCAUGUUGGUUGAGUUGUUAUGAAUUAUAUCAAAAAUGUACCAUCAGUCCUCAAAAGGUUUCUUAAUUACCGAGAUUAUAUGUCAUUUUGAGUAGCUGAGCCAGUUUCCCAAAGUUUCAUACCAAACAUCUCUUCUGUUGGAAAUUACUUGACCGCACUGUUUUCUUAAUGAUAUGCUUGGUUGGGUGCAAGUUUCGUUGAAUUCUGAACUGACUGCCUUAGAUUAUACUAUAAAUUACAAUUAGCUGCCUCUUAAAUCAUAUUUGGUAUUUUGUUGAUGACAUCAAUUUGUAGGAGGGUGAUAGCAGUUCUCAAAGCCGUGGCAAUUUCCCCCCAAAUCUUUUAAGUUGCCAUGUACUACAUGAAUGUAGUCAACCAAUGCAAGAGAAUGUUAAGGCUUCAUCCAGAGCAGUUGCAAUUAAAAAUAUUUUUGUAAGUAAACAUUUUCAGAUGGUAUGGAUGGGAAGUGAGUAUUUGUAGUCCUUUGUUUUUCUCUUGUGGUAACUUUUUAAUGCUACUGAAAAUGAUGUCAAGUUUACAUGUUUCUAACUCAUGCUUUUACAAAGAGACUUUGAAAUUUUACUUCUUUGCACUUUUUAAAAGUGGGAAGUAGUGAUACUUUUAAUUUACUCUCAACUGUAAAACACCAACUUCUAGCUUUCCUUGUGACUCAGAAACGGUAUUUUAUGGUGCCUUUGGAUUUCUGAUAUUUUGGAGUUUACAACAUCUCUGAUCAUGGUGCAUAAUAUAACCAUUGUUAAGGCUGAUUUGUCACAUUGGUCAUUACUGCAAGGAAGUUAACAUGCCAUUUAAUUGUCCUUGGCUAGUGAUGGUCAUUUUCUCAGAUCUGCUUCCAAGCCUUGAUGGAUAUGAUCCUCGGAUGGUUUCAAAAUAAUUAAACUGUAAGAGCCGUUUCAUUUUUUUUUAAUGUCAAGAAUUGAUUACCAAGGCAAGCGAACAUUACGAUGUUUGGUCAUGGGUUUGUUUUUCCUGCCUUCUGGUGUUCUUCAUCCUGUUCUUGGAUGACUUUUUAAAUUUUUACUAAUAAAAGAGCUAUU